AUGGACUCGGAAACAUUUCGGUCUCCGGACGACAUUUUUGAGCAUUCAUGGGUUGUUGCAAUGAAACCACCGAACCUCGACACCUGGAUGCCUACGGAAGCGGAUUAUAUGUACGGUAUGCAAUUACCGCCGCCAUAUGGAACGAUGCCCCGCCCGAUGAAUUACUUGGUACCACCACAACUGCAGCCCCCCAUCACAAUAAGUUCGUCUAGCACCUACGAAUCGUGUCAUUCCCCGAAUCGAGCACCGGUCUCGAGCCUACCCUCAUCGCUGGCACAGGCGUCUUGCUCUCGCAAGAGCCCUGCUGCCAAAUCAACACCUCAUAGGCUGCUUACCGACGAAUACCGACAAAGGAUAUGUUUAUACCAUGAACAAAACAAUGCAGCAACACAUGCUGAAAUUGGAGCCUUAUUCGGAGUGGAAAGAAGCACUGUUACAAAGAUAUUGCGCCGGAAAGGGAUAUAUCUCGCCAUCAGCAACCGGGGCCCGUCUCCAGAAAACCGAACUAAGCGCCGUGUUCCUGACCUUAAAACGGCGCUUUCGAACUUGGUAAAGGAAUACCGAAGAAGCAAAACUCCAAUAAAUGACGAGAUACUCAUGAAUAAGGCGCGUGCAUUUUAUGACGCCUGCAGUCUUACUGAAGGCAGCGGAGUAUUGGACAAGGACUGGCUGGAGAUAUUUAAGCGGGAAAACAAGAUGCUAUUUGCCCAAGAUCAACCUUGCACAAAGACUGGCGAAGCGAUGCGGAUCCAGCAGCAAUGCAUCAACUGGAAUAUUGCAAUCAAAAACAUGGACGAUGUUUCUCCAAUCAGUGUCCGUGAACCUCCUUCGGCUGAACAGGCACGACAUGCCAUGAAGCUCGUAAUGGACUAUUGCGAAACGACCGGGCAAGUGUCUCCCCAGGAACGUGUUAGCAUCAGCAUAGUUAUGGAACGUCUCGAAAACGACCACAGGUUGUUCGGCUUGAGGAAUAACUGGCAUGCUCAACCCUUGGGUGAGGUUUCCCAUGGUGUCGACGGUACGCUUCCUACCACUUUGUUUUAG